AUGCCUUCACCCAGAAGAGUCGGAGUUGAUUCACUCCAUAAUCUGUCGACGGGAAUUGAAAGAACCCGAAUUUUGAAAGAAGGCAGCAAUCCAGAACCCGUGAGGCAUGAACGCCGACGGACGCUCCAAACCGUGGCCGAGCUGUCGCCCCUAAGUCCCACAUCUCCUGAAUGGACGGGCAUGCCUCCCACAGUGACAAACAACAACCCUGAUGCCUUCUCUAGUAUCGAAAGUGGCAGCCCAGGGGUGGUACCGGCUACCGCUCAAUCAAUUGAUCAAGCAUCUGGGAGUCAAAAGAAGCCCCGUCCACAGAGUUUAGGGACCAGACAACAUCCUAGGGCAAACCCUUCCAUAUUGAUCGCUACUGUAGACACCCCACCUAUUCGACGCUCGCUCACCGUGGGCCAGGAGUCCGGGAACGGGCAAGAUAGUAGCGCGGGUAAAACUAACCCAAAUCGACUUUCUUUAGAUUUUUCGCUACGCCACAAUUCAUCCAGAGAUCGAAAAGUAAAGUCCCAGUCAGGGUCAAACCUCGAUGUGAUGGGGCACCAAGAAACUUCCAGGGAAGAUUGGAGACACUCUGGGCCUUUCAUAGGCCGACACCUUUCGAUGAAUCGAGACAUUAAGAAAGGUAACCAACCACCUUCUAAAGGAAAACAACCGGUUCGUGAUCUACCGCCCCAGGGCGAGUCAGCAGAACUUGCGGAAGGCUUCAAUUCCAAACACCACAGAGAAAGGAUUUUGCAGGAGCAAUCAAUGCUUGAAGCAAAGGCUCGUCGAAAUCGUGAGAGACGUACAAUUGCCAUGGAUAGCUCGUCCACACUCCCGUCCCUCUCCCCAUUUCCGUACUUGCCGAAACCAAAUACAGUACGCCUUAAAGGUCACACGAAUCAGCAACUACUUUUACAAAAUAGCCGGACCAUGAACAGUUACGGUACACCUGGCUUGCUACAUAGGAAGACUAGUCGAUGUCAUGUAUAUGGUCCUGAGCAGAGAAGAAGUUAUGAUGUCAACGCCCAACUACUCAAAAGGGCCAGCACAAGCAGUAUGGCGUUCAACAAGGGGACUAGCAAUUCACAGAUGGUUUUAAAUCGUUCCUCACGAUCUAUAUCCAAUCCCGACCCAAAAAGAUCUCAGUUAGGAUCCCAAAACCGUUCAAUACCUCCCCUCCUAGGGCCACCAACUUCGCUUUCGUUGUCUAAUCCCCAAUCGCCGACUCAAUAUCCCUUUCCAAGCCCCCCCUCCCAAGUACUAUCUGCUGAUAGGAGGUCACGUUUACAGCAACUGCCUCACCAUCCUGCUCCUCGCAACUCCUCAGUACAUUCAACCACCUCGAUGAAAUCUUCGAAGUCUAAUGGGUCUCUGCACUCAAGACAAUCUCGGAGAUUGUCGGGCACCGCAUUUUCCUUCAGUCCUUCCAAAUAUAGUCGUCAUCAUAGGGGGGCCACUAAGGAGUAUCUUGAUGCCCUGGCCGCCCCCACUGUUCCAGCACCACCCGAAGCUCACGUAACCCCUGAAAGUGUCCCAUUCCUAGCUGUACAAGAAAGAAAAUUGUGCGAGAACUUUAAGGGAGAAACUCUGACUUCUGAGCGAGCAAUGAGUAUUUCGAGGAUUCAGGACAGUAAAAGAUCACUGGCAGGGUCGAGAAUAUCACAGCGCAGCUACGCUACUGAACAGAGUAGAAGGUACAAUGUCAGUGUUGUCGAUGUGGUCGAAGGCGGUGGUAAAUGCGUGGAAGGCUUGACUCCCGAGAAUGUGAGAUUGCUGCGAGAAAGGGAGAAGUUGCUGAGGUGGAAGGCAGAAAGGGAGAAAUCUGACUUUGAGAAGAAAGAACGUGAAAGAGUUAGAGAAAUGGUGAGGAGAGCUAACGAGAUGGAAGAAGAGAAGAGCAAGACCAUGGCCAAAGAAAAAAAGAAAAGGGGCUGUUGUGGAAUGCUGGGAGUCUAG